AUGACCCCACGUACUCGGAUCCCUAUCGAGGCCCACACCAUGGCUUCCAUCGUACAGCUCGUGCUAUGGUGUGCCCUUGUGGUCUUCUCGUUCGUCGGAGCACAGCGCAGCUCGAGUCGGACGGCUAGACCUACGGCCGACGCCCAUGCUCUGAGGGCUCCCAUCACGGUACACAGAAAGGCACGGCCCCGCCACAUGGAACGUGAUCACCUUGUGACGUGGUGCCAUGCUCAGUCUGAGAAACGCCGCAGAAAGUAUGGACUGGCAGCGAAUGUCAGCAAACGCCAAAUAGUGGGAUUGGGCGAUUACUUGGACGAUUCCUACUUUGUGCCUAUGGGCAUAGGCACGCCGGCUCAGACGCUCAACGUGCUGCCGGAUACGGGAUCGACCAACCUGUGGGUCAUUGACUCGACAUGCACAGAUGAGAAAAACUGCCCAUCUUCGUCGCCCAAAUUUACGGCAUCCAUGAGCAAGACGCAUCAGGACAGCCGCACGCCAUUUCAUGAGUUGUAUGGCGACCAUGCUGCCGCAAGCGGCACCAUCAGUCAGGAUACAGUCUCGCUCGCUGGAUACUCCAUCUCCCCUCUUGCCUUUGGGCGUGUGAGGCAUGUGACGAAACGCACCAUGGGGCCGACCGUGUCUGGCAUUCUUGGUCUCUCGUUCCACGAUCCCAAGCUGGAUGACUUGGAGCCGUUUUGGCAAGUGUUGUACGAGCGUCAAGAGAUGCAGGAUUAUGUAUUUUCUUUUCAGCUGCCCAAGGCCCUGGUGUACGCCAAGCCUGACCAGGAAGAAGAUGCAUUGACGUCGGGUGGCGUGUUCACCUUGGGCGUCUUGGAUCCACAGCAGUACGCCGGCUCGAUUUCCUGGUCGCCGUUAUCGAGAGGAUAUGGCAUGCACGCGAAAAAGAGCUGGACCAUUGAUGUGAACGAAAUGCGUCUGAAUGGACACAGUGUGGAUCUGGGACCCCAUCGGCACGCUCUCAUUGACACGGGCUCCUCCAAUAUUGUUGGUCCUCGUCAAGCCAUGGACAUCCUUCACGCUUUGAUUCCUGGCGCACAGCGAUUCCCUCCGAAUCCUGAAUAUUACAUGCUGCCGUGCAACUCAAGUAUCCAGCUGGAUAUCACGUUCUCGGAUCGCACCUGGACUCUUCCGCCGGACCAUUUGAUCAUGCAAAAGAUCAAUCAGACCAUGUGCCUUAGCGCGCUGACGACCGUGGAAGAUACAUCCGACAUACCCUUGGGCUGGAUUAUGGGCCACCCUUUUCUUACUCAUGUGUUUAGUGUAUUCGACGCCAAAGAGGAACGCAUUGGCUUCGCUUCGUUGCCACAGGGCGGUGUACAGAAUGCGACCCUGACACAGGCCGAUAUCGACCGUCACAAUGCGAGCCGAGCCUUCCACACAAGUAACACCCAAAUAAGCGAGCGCUACGCUACUCCCAUUAGUAGAAUGGAGCACGGUCCGUCAAGUCGAAUGCAUCCCAGCAGUCCACCCGCAGAGCCAACAAUGACCUUGAACAGAUUCACAGAUUCGCAGUGGCGUUCCGCCACGAUUCAUGCACCCCAUCAUAUCAACCUGACGCAACGCACAAGUCACACGAGCUCAGCCUCAUCAAGCGAGCGCUCGUGGUCCCAUACAUGCAUGCUCCUAUGUGCUUUGGCCCUCGUAUGGAUGUGCAGGUAG